UUAAUACACUACUACUGUAAAACUGCUGAAAAAUUCAUCAGUUUAUAAACAAACAGGCGUUGUGAUUGAAAAAUGUUCAUAGUGACAAAAAAAAUUGACAGUGAAAAUAUUAGUAAGGUUUGCAGAACAUGCUUAAGAGAAGAUAAUGACAAAAUGGUUUAUUUAUUUGUUGGACCAGCAAAAUCUUCAUUGGGUGCCAAGCUGCAGUCUCUUUCCUGUUUGAAGGUUUCCCAAGGUGAUGGACUUCCUGAAAAAAUGUGUGACAAGUGUGUAAUUAGAGCAGAAUCUGCUCUGCUCUUUCGUGAACAAUGUUGUGCUGCUGAUAAAGCACUUAAGCAAGCUCUCAUCACAACUGCCAGCAAUUACAAUAUCCAAACCUAUGCUCCCAACUCGUUUGCUGGUCAAAUUUCUUAUGAUCAGCAAAGUCAAUCUUUUGGGUCAUUGCACAACUCCUUCCCUUCCCCUUCUUCUUCUUAUUCUUCCUCUUCUUCCUCUUCCUCUCCAGCCUCCUCAAAAAUUUCUAAUCAUAAUAAGACUGCUACAGAUUAUCAAGAGUUUCACGAACAAAAUCAACUUUCUUACCCAGUAAUUGAUGAAAGAGAGAAGUAUAUACCCCAGCUGCAGCCACAUAUCCUCAAGUCAUGUAGUACAGGCUAUCUUAAUUUUAACUACUCUCAUACCAAUGAAAAAUCUACUUUUCAGAAGCCAGAUGAUUUGGAUCAUCCAGUACUAAGACGCAAUCAUUUGCAUUGCAAAAGAAAUUGCACUUCACAGUGCUUGCUGUGCAAUCACACCUUUUCGAAUCAAAUACAAUUAGUUAAUUAUGAUGUGGCUCUUUGUGAGGAAAAUUGUAUAAAUUUGACAAACGGUAUCAGUUUUAAUACAAAUAAUGAAGGAAGCUCAGUUAAUAUUAGAAGAAUCACCGAGCAUGGAACAGCUCUUGAUCAUUUAAACUUUGCUCAUGGCAUCGAUAAGAAUCAAUUUGAAGAUGCAAGUGGUAAUGACACAAUUUCAACAUCUCAAAAAAUGACAAGUGCAUUUGAAAAUGAGAAUCCUCUGGAAAUCAAACAAGACAUCACUUUCAAAUGUGAAACUUGCUUUAUUACUUUUAACAAAAAAUCAAAAUUGAUUACUCAUCAAGCAAUUCAUAGCAGAGAAAAAGCUUUUCAAUGUACGUACUGCUGGAAAUCUUACUCUUCAAAAAAUAAACUAUCUGCUCAUGUGCGUCUACACACCCAAACAAACGUACAUCAGUGUGAUGUAUGCAAAAAAACUUUUGCCUAUCCCUCGUAUUUGCGAGAACACAUGAAAACUCACUGCUUCAAGCAAAGAAAGCAAACCAAUUUUGAGUGCACUCAAUGCAACAAACGAUUCCUUCUCGUUAAAAGCUACACGAGGCACAUGAAAUUUCACACCGGCAAAGAUUUGUAUCACUGCGACGUUUGCAAUAAACUCUUCAGUCACAAGAACUCCUUGAAAAUUCACAUGAGAUCUCACGAAAGUGCGAAAUCACACAAGUGCGAUAUCUGCGACAAGGCGUUCAAUCAAAAGAGUAAUUUGGUGGAGCAUAUUAGAACCCAUACAAAAAUCAAGCCCUUCAAGUGCGAAAUUUGUGAAAAAAGUUUCGUGCAAUCUAGUCACCUCAAGAGCCAUCGAGCAUCCCACGAUUCCAUCCGAAGUUUUCAGUGCAGACUGUGCGGAAAAAAAUUCAAACUACCCAGUCAUCUGAAAAGACACGUUAACUUGCACACAGCUCUAAAAACGUACAAAUGCGAACAGUGCAAUCAAAUGUUCUCUCAAUCUUUCAGUUUACAGCGCCACUUGAAAAGAAAACAUAAAUAA